UCAGACCUGCGAUGGCUCAACUCCAGUCGCUUCAUUUUUCCGUGGGCAUUUUGGGCAUCGCCGGUGGUUCUCUCCUGCUUUUGGUGAACAGCUAUGCCAGCUCUCCUGGGGAAGACUUCAUCUCCCAUACUGCACUUGGUUCUCUGCUCCUUAUCAUCGCUGCCCUCAUAGCUUAUGCAGGUUUCCGUGGCAGUCUGUCUCACGCCCAGCUGUUUUCCAAUCUGUGUCUGACUGUGUCGGCUCUGUGGUGUGGCUCAGGCCUGGUGUAUAUUCUGGUAGGGCAGAAGGUGCUGCAGCCCACGGAGCUGAGAUCAGCUCUGGUCCCCGGCCUUGCAGCGUUUACCCUGGCUCUGCUCCUCAUCGGCACAGUAGCGCUUUUAGUGAAGAAAGCAGUCGUGUUUGUCAUUGCUCUAAGCAUCAGUUUAGCAUGUGCCCAUCAGAUUGCUGGUCUGUCAGCCACUGGUUUUGGCCAGUCUGCCACAGCUGCUAACUACCUCCUUGUCACUCUAGUGGGUGUUUACCUUGGUUUUGGACGCUUGUUGUCCUUUAUCACCCAUGGGAAAGUGGAACCUCCAGGAACUGGCCUGAAGAAAAAAGCUGAAGUGAAAACGGUGCAGACCCACGACUGCACCGAUGUAGCAUCUGUGGGUGUGGUGAUGAACUUGCUGUCUGCCUGUGUGUUAGCCUGUCCCCUAUUAGGUGUGGUCCCUCAGCUGUCCACAGGUCACGUCCCCUGGCUGUGGACUGCUGGGGUUUUCCAGCUCGCUGUGUGUGUCCUUCUCUACCGUGCCAUGGACACACUAACUGCCACCUUCUUUGGCUUCACUGCUCUGCUGAAAUUCGCUGAGGGCUACAGCGCUCUCCUGACGUUCUACUCAAUCCAGCCUCUUUCCCCUGUUCCUUUCCCUACUGUCUUCUCUGUGCUUUUCUUCAUCCAGGCUCUGUUUAGUUGUCAGAAAAGCUUGUUGGAUGGGUUCUAUCAACUAUUUUUUGUGGCCUACUGCAUUGCCAUUGCUGCACAGCCUCAAGGCUUCUUCCAUGGAGGCGCCCAGGGCGUACAAGCAGCUAUAUUUGUAGUCUCCGCCGGCAUGCUUUUAGUUACCACGUUCAAUAUGGCCUCCAGUAAGAAGAUUCCCAUGGGGCAGGGCUUUUUCAAGGCUGUAGUGACCAGAAUGACCUGUCUCACUCUCAGACCUCAUGGUAAAGACCUACAUGCACCUAACCUGGGCUACUCCAAAUACGCAGACGCAGAAGUGUUAGGCCAUGCCUGCAGCAUGCUGGCUGCUUUUGCCAUCACAGCCACUGUAGGUGACAGAGGUCCUCUGUAUGUGCUGAUCCUGCCCUGGGUGGUCGUGGCUGGGGGGUUGCUCCAGCUGCUGUGUGGCUCCGUGGCUUUCUCUCGUGGUAAAACAUUUGAGAGCACAGCCUUUAUUCUGUAUGGGGUGAUGUGGACAGUGUGGGGGCUCACGCGAUUCGGGGGCCUUUAUGGUGAAAACAGAAGUUUCAGUGUGGCUGUUGGGAUCAUUAGCUUCAUGCUGUUUAACCUUUUAGUGACAGUUGCAGCACUCUUUCUAAAUGUAGCCUGGUUCACCUACGCUCUUACCUUUGAACUCAUCCUCAUUAGCUUCUUAUUGGAUGCAGUAGGGGCCCUGCCGUAUGGUUAUGACAUCGGCGUCACUAUCAUCUUUGGCCUUGUCAGUUUCUAUUGUUUUCUGGCUCACAUCUUCAACAGCACCUUCCAGUCGCCCCAGAUCCCCUUAGGGAAACCUUUAGUCAAGCUGAAUGGGGUUGGGACAGGCAGAGACAUCUGUCCACAUGUACCAGCCCGCAAGGCCACCUCUGUGCAGCAGAUUGCAGAGAUUAUGAAAAAUGGCGGCAUAUGUGGAAUGCCUACUGACACCGUCUAUGUGCUGGUGGCAGCGUGCAACAGGCCCGACGCUGUUGUCAAAGCUUAUAAGGUGAAGAAGCAGGCUCAGGACCGGCCCAUGUCAAUGUGGAUCUCCUCCAUAAAGCAGCUGGAGCCAGUCAGGCACCUGCUGAGCCCUCUGCUCUUGGACUUUAUGGAGGCCGCGUGGCCCUCCUCCAUUAGCAUGGUUAUACCGAGAGGCCCAUGGAUGGAUACUUUUGGUUUAGGGGAUGCAGCCAAACACAUUGGAACUCCACAAAGCAUUGCAAUCAGAAACCCAGACUGCACUGUGGCCACACACCUCAUUAAUAUGGUGGGGCCCAUUGCUGUGACGUCAGCCAACCCUACAGGCGAGGCAGACACAACUCACCACAACCAGGUUUAUGCCAAGCUGGGUGACAAGGUGGAUGGUGUGCUCUGCGAUGGACCCUCCCCAGAGAAUAUUGCUUCUACUGUGGUUGACUGCACCAAGAUAGAAACUGGACACAUUGGUUUCUUCAGAGUUGGUCUCAUCCCUAAAUCUAAGGUUCUCCAAAUCUUUGAGGAGGUGCAGAAGCGGCACAGACAGGGAGAGAUAAAUCCUGCUUUUGAGGAUGAUUUCUCAGACGCACAAAGGAACACAAGUUCAGGAGAGGAGAGUGCCACCGAGUCAGCAGGAGAAACAGGAACCUCAACCUCAAGCACAGCUCCUCCAUAAUAGUAAUAUAUAAAGGCAGAGGAGGCACAAUUACUUUAGUGUAUGAACCUUAAGAGGAAUAAAUUGUACACAAAUACUAUCACAUUUUUUUUCAAGAAUGGAUCACCUAUUAUUUCGAUAAGAAAUAUGUAUAUAUGCUGUAUUACAUCACGUUCAUUAGCAAU